UUAACGGAUGUGACGCAGUGGCGCUCGAACUUCUAGAUACGAGUGAGUGUGUGAAGACAAUUAUGUAAUAUUAGUGCGAUAUUCAGCGUUAUAACACUCCGCUAUGCAGCGCGCUCUCAGUAAUGCUUUGCUCAGCGCUGCUCGGUUUCCCAGGAGCACAAGAGCUGCUUUUAGACGCGUUACAGUCCGCCAGCAGCACGGAGAGUGAGUACAAUACUGCACUUUACAGUCAGCGCCAAGGUGAAGGUGUGUGUAGUGUGUGUGACGUGGCAGUGGUCGGUGGUGGAAUCGUUGGCUUGGCUACAGCCAGAGAGCUUAUCCUGAGACACCCAAACCUCACAUUCACCCUGCUGGAGAAAGAGAGAGAGCUCGCAAGGCACCAGUCAGGGCGUAACAGUGGGGUAAUCCACAGUGGUGUUUAUUACACUCCUGGCUCUCUGAAAGCUCGGCUGUGUGUGAGUGGAGCAGAACUUGCCUAUGACUACUUCAACAAGAAGAACAUCCCAUACAAGAAAUGUGGCAAACUUAUUGUAGCUGUGGACAGAGAGGAGAUUCCUCGUCUAAAAGCUCUGUAUGAACGCGGACAGAAGAACAAUGUGAACGACCUCAAACUGAUCAGUGCCAGAGAGAUCAGAGAGCGAGAACCUUACUGCAGGGGGAUUAUGGCUCUGGACUCGCCCCACACAGGGAUAGUGGACUGGCGUGUGGUGUGUUUAUCAUAUGCUGCAGAUUUCCAGCAGGCUGGAGGCUCAAUCAGAACCUCAUUCACUGUCACGGACAUCAAACCUGCAGCACAAAGUCCUCCUCAGAGCUCUGAUGGUCUGAAAUAUCCAAUUAUUAUCAGGAGCUCAAAGGGAGAGGAGGUUCGCUGUCAGUUUAUGUUGACAUGCGGUGGUCUUUACUCUGAUCGGCUCUCAGAGAUCUCAGGCUGCAGUCCCGAGCCACGCAUUGUUCCCUUCAGAGGAGAUUACCUAGUGCUCAAACCUGAGAAAAACUACCUUAUCAAAGGCAACAUCUACCCUGUUCCAGAUCCACGUUUCCCAUUCCUCGGCGUUCACUUCACCCCCCGUAUGGAUGGCAGUGUGUGGCUUGGACCAAAUGCUGUGCUGGCAUUUAAACGUGAAGGAUACACACUGACUGACUUUAACACACAUGACCUCACAGAUGCUCUUUCCUUCAGGGGUCUGCAAAAGUUGAUGAUGAGGAAUGUGUGGUUUGGUGUAGGUGAGAUGUACAGAGGGAUGUUUAUCAGUGCACAAGUCAAACUCCUGCAGAAGUAUGUACCAGAACUUCAAACAAGUGACGUGAUAAGGGGUCCAUCAGGAGUGCGUGCUCAGGCUCUGGAUCGUGAAGGUAAGCUGGUGGAUGACUUUGUAUUUGAUAUCGGUGUGGAAGAGCUCGGUAGCCGAGUGCUACACGUACGAAACGCACCAUCACGCGCGACCUCCUCCCUCGCGAUCGGCAUGGCGAUUGCAGAUGAACUGGAAGCCCGUUUUGCUCUGUAGACGUGCCCACCUGCGUGUUUAUGUAAUACUAAUCAAAUGCUUUACCUUCUUCACAUCAGUUCACCAGUUCACUCUGCAUCACUGUGGGGAGAUGCCCUGCCCACCCUGAUGGCAUCAGAGACACUGUGUUAUUCACCCACAUGACCCUACACAGAGCUCAUUAGUUAACACGGUUCUGACACAGAGAAGUGAGGGAGUUUUGGACACAGUGUGUUUAUAAUGCUGUUGAAAUUGUAUAAAUCACAUUACAUUUAAAUGUAAUGAUCGAUCGUUUUGUACAUGUUAUUAUACAGCUUGUAUGUGAAUGUAAACCGUAAUGUGGGUGCUGUUUUAAUCUUUAUAAUAGAGUUGUUUGGAGACCUGAUGGAGUACUGAAUAAAUAUAUUUGCUAUCGA